UACUGGUCUAUAAAGAUGCCCCUGCGGCCCCUGAGUCCGGCAACAACGGGGGUGGGGACGUUCCCACUCAUCCCUUCCAGCAAGUUUCCGUUUCCUGGAGCUGGACUCCGCCUAGUCGGGGUCAGAUUCGCAUUGGAGUUUCCUUUUCCCCACUCCAGUCUUGCCUUUAACAAAGACAAACGCCCAGGCACUAGCCCAGCACCGCAGACCUGGUGGGUAGCCCGGCCCGCCCAUCAGCCCCGCUGCGCACACGCACAAGCUCUGCAGCCCGGCGCCCCCGCCCCCCCACCCCGCCAGCCCCCUUUGCUCAGCAGCGCAGCAUCCGGGCCGAGGAGAAAACCCGAGGGGACUGCGGACUGCCCCAAGCCAGAAGACCCUCGGAGCCCAGCCACCAUGAGCGAGAUUCCUAAGGACUCCUUGAAGGCCAUUCUGUUGGAGUUAGAAUGUCACUUCACAUGGAAUUUACUUAAGGAAGACAUCGAUCUGUUUGAAGUGGAAGAUACAAUUGGGCAACAGCUUGAAUUUCUUACCACAAAAUCCAGACUCACUCUUUAUAACUUACUGGCCUAUGUGAAACACCUAAAAGGCCAAAAUAAAGAUGCCCUAGAGUGCUUGGAGCAAGCAGAAGAAAUAAUCCAGCGGGAACACUCAGACAAAGAAGAAGUACGAAGUCUGGUCACUUGGGGAAAUUAUGCCUGGGUUUAUUACCACAUGGACCAGCUUCAAGAAGCGCAGAAGUAUGCAGACAAGGUAGGGGAUGUCUGCAAGAAAAUGUCCAGUCCUUUUAACUACAAAUUGGAGUGUCCUGAGAUUGACUGUGAGAAAGGGUGGGCACUUCUGAAGUUUGGGGGAAAGUAUUACCAAAAGGCUAAAGCAGCUUUUGAGAAGGCUCUGGAAGUGGAACCGGACAAUCCAGAAUUUAACAUCGGCUAUGCCAUUACAGUGUAUCGGCUGGAUGAUUCUGACAGAGAGGGGUCUGUAAAGAGCUUUUCUCUGGGCCCUCUGAGGAAGGCUGUUACACUGAAUCCAGAUAACACCUACAUUAAGGUUUUUCUGGCACUGAAGCUUCAAGAUGUACAUGCAGAAGCUGAAGGGGAAAAGUAUAUUGAAGAAAUCCUGGACCAGAUAUCGUCUGAACCUUAUGUCCUCCGUUAUGCAGCCAAAUUCUACAGGAGAAAAAAUUCCUGGGACAAAGCUCUGGAACUUUUGAAAAAGGCCUUGGAGGUGACACCAACCUCUUCUUUCCUGCAUCACCAAAUGGGACUUUGCUACAGGGCACAAAUGAUCCAAAUCAAGAAGGCCACGCGCAACAGACCUAAAGGAAAAGACAAACUGAAAGUCGACGGGCUGAUUGCAUCUGCUAUAUUUCACUUCAAGGCAGCUGUGGAGCGAGACUCUAUGUUUGCAUUUGCCUACACAGACCUGGCCAACAUGUACGCCGAGGGAGGCCAGUAUAGCAAUGCUGAGGACAUUUUCCAGAAAGCCCUCCGUCUGGAGAACAUCACCGAUGACCACAAACAUCAGAUCCACUACCACUAUGGCCGUUUUCAGGAGUUUCACUGUAAAUCAGAAAAUACUGCCAUCCACCAUUACUUAGAAGCCUUAAAGGUCAAAGACAGGUCAUCCCUUCGUACCAAACUGACGAGUGCUCUGAAGAAACUGGCUACCAAGAGACUUAGUCACAAUGCUUCAGAUGUGCAGAGCUUAAGUGCCCUGGGGUUUGUGUACAAGCUGGAGGGAGAAAAGAGGCAAGCUGCUGAGUACUACGAGAAGGCCCAAAAGAUAGAUCCCGAAAACGCAGAAUUCCUCUCUGCUCUCUGUGAGCUUCGACUUUCCAUUUAACUACAUAACGCUAGGAAAGCAGUUUUAAAGCUCUUCUUCUAUUUUGGGUUCUUAUAUUUUUGUUUAUUAUUUUAAUCCACUCAUUACAGGGUCAUUUUUUAGUGAAUGGUCAGUGUGUACCAGCCAUCAUGUUAAACACUUUAUAUACAUUAUGAUGACUUAUUUUCUGUUUUGUACUUUUUAAUUAAAAUACCAUAGUUCAUUAAGAAACAGCAACAUUCCAGCUGUUGUAACUUUUAAAAAUGGCAUUGCCAUUUUGACUAUAUACCCUUUAUCUCUGCUAUUUAUAAUAAUGUUCUGAUUAAGUUUUGUCAAAUUUCCCAUAUUACUCACUCAUGCCGUGAGAAUAAUCCUACAUAAGUCUUUGACUCCUAGGUCAGGAACACUGUUUCAGGGGUGCAAAAUUACGUAGCAUACAAAAGAUGGAAUCUUCCAGCUACAGAUGUUCUUAAUUAUGUAGCAUAUAAAAGAUGGAAUCUUCUAGCUACAGAUGUUGCAAGUUUGUUGAGGAUAUUUAACCAUUACCCUAAAGAAUCCUCUUUGUUGGAAGAACAAAGUUCAUAAUAAAAAGUUUGUCAUCUCUGAUAACUGCAAUAAAAAAAAACUGGAACAUGAGAAAAAAGAUUUCCUCAAAUACAGGACCUUAGGGACCCAUGAAAAAUCAGCAGUAUUAUCUCCCAAAAUGUUCAGUAUGUAGCUAGAAACAGUUAGGAGGAAAAAAUGAAGAAUGGAAAAUCGUUAGUCUCAAGUUUCUCUGGUUCUUUAACUGGAAGAAUAAAUUUAAACUGAAGAUGCCAUUUUAAUUUUCCCAAUUAGAACUGCAGUAUUUUUAGGUUAUAAUCAUUGAGGUAGAAAGCAGACCAAUUAAGAAAUUGGAAAGAUAAGCAAAUGUAUAAAGUAAAAGUCCCUAGUCUAGUGAUUUAGUUUUGAGUCUGGACUGGGUAGAGUUCUCAUACCCCUAAUUUCUGGCCUUUGGUUAACUGUUUCAGAAUUCCAGCUUACUUCUGUGAAGCUUUUUCUUUUGUCUGAAGUUUUCAGAUUGACAUGUUUUCCUAUAGAUCCUGCAGGAAUAGGUAAGCCCAGCUUUCAGUUUUAAUAUCUACCUUGAAGGGUCGCUGUUGAAAGGCUUUAAUCCCAAGGGACUUUUUAAAUUGGGAUGUUGUUAAAAGUGGCUACUCUAAUGUUGUUUCUUUUCUUAUGUUUACCACCAGUAUUAGUGGAAAAGUGUGCCAUGUUAUUUAAUUCUCUAUACCUCCAGUGUAGCUCUUAAAACUAAUGUGUGUGUGUUUUCAUUUUUGUUGCUAUUUUUAUUUUUUUAUUUCUGUUAUGGUUUUGAUUAUUAUAAAAGUAGUGCAUUGUCAUUGUAAACUUUCAAACAAUGCAGAAGUGUAUGAAUUUAAAAAUAAGCGCACUCCCCUGACCCUACCCCAGUUCUACACCCCCAGGUAAACUGUUACCAAUUUGAUUUGUACCUUUCCAGAUAGCUUUCCUAUGCACAUUCAGACAUACAUAUAUACUGCAAUGUAGCUCAUGAAUUAAAUUUUUUUUAAUGUUUGUUUUACUUUAAGUCCCUGUUUUGUUUAUUUUGCUCAUUUUAUUUGUUUAUUCAAGAAGGAAAAACAGGGAAGGGAGUGAUCUUUACUUAAGUAUUUUAGAAAUUCAAGACUAGAAUGUUUUAUUUUGCAGAAACCAUUUUCCCUCACUGGGUAUAAUGUCCUGAUCAAGGUUAUGUUCCCAGGUAGACAUUUGACAUGCAGUAAAAUACAGUUAUGGUAUCAAGACAAAGAUGUAACUCUAAGCCUCUAUAUCUGAACAUUAGACUUUGAAGUCUAUGAAAUGAUUUUAAAAUUUACUAGAUAUUAAAAUAAUGAAAUAUAUAAGAAGUCAUAACAUGCUAAGAAGGUAUAAAAUUAGCAUAUGACAAACACAACUAUAAAUACUGAACUAAAAGUAAUGUUUAUAAUAACUUUAAAUUUUGUCCAUAAUUUUACUUAUCUUCCAAAAAUUUAUAAUUAUUUAGAAAUAAUUCAUAGACUCUCGGGUUUAAAAAAGACCUCAGAGUUCACCUUUGUCAAUUAACCGUCAAAACUUCAACUUUUGAUGGCUUGAAUUAUCUUCAUAAAUGAUAAUUUCAUCUUUAGAUAGUCCUUAGUCUUAGAAAUGUAUUUCCUCCAUUUAACUGAAGACUUAUGGCCUGAAGUUUAUAUAUUUUAGUCUGUUUUUAGGGACCUCGGAGAUCUAAUCCUUUUUAGACAAACCAAAAAUAUGCCCAGGGAAGUGGUUGUAGUUGCCCUUCGGGGUAAUUUCACCCUUCUGUUAGAGAGGAGUGCCUCUUCCCCAGUCCCCAAGGUGAUCUUGAAAACCAUUUUGUUGAACAGUAAAGCUAUGCUUACUGGCCCCACAAAAGCUAACAGAAAUCCUUUCAACAAGUGAAUCAGCUGGCAGGAAAACUGACUUCAGAGAAAUGGAGCUCUUAAACAUAUUUUCUGUCCUCUCUUGGUGCAGACCUAGUCUUAGCAGUUCAUCAUGCACCACCUGCCAGAGUUUCAAAGGCAAUAUAAGCAGUCACUGCACCUUUCUAGACUGAGUCUGUGAAGAUUAUCUCAGUUUAAGAAAAAAUGCACAGACCCACAGAACUUUAGAGCCAGGAGAACCCCAAGAAAAUGCCUGCUCCAGCCAACUUUGACCAAAAAAAGUUGUGACCCAGGGUGGUGAUGUGGCUUAAGAUUUCACAACUAACCACUUUCUUCUGGUUCAGCAUCACUCUUCCCUAUUUGACAGUUUAUCUGGUCAUGAUGGGAUUGUGCCUACAUGACAUCAACCAGGACACAGCAGGCCCAAGGGUGGUUCUUUUACAGAAUGUGCUUGUUGAGAUUAAAGAACAGGACAGAAAUAUAAAACAUUAAAAUGUGGCAUGUUCUUUUAUAAUCAGUAGAUUAUAAGAAAUGAGAAUCCACUGGCCUGGAAAAUUAGAGUAGUCUCCUUUGAGUAGUUCAAGGAUAGAAAUUUGUAACCCUAACAUGGGUGGCCAUGAGAUGCACCUCUCAGAUCUCCAGCAACAAGGAUUAUAACUGACUGAGGGUCCUGUCUGCUACCUGCCAACAUCCAUCAUUGCAUUUGCACUGAGGCCAGGCUUCCCAGCAUGGCAGGAAUAUGAAUCCAGGCCCCGACCCAGGACAGGCAGGACUCCUCUGACUUGGGCUCGAGGAUUCCUCACCAAGCUUACCAUAUUUUCCUGAUAACGAUGUUAAGGUCUAAGAUGCUUCCACCUAGCUUUUCUUCUUUCUCCUGCAUCAUAAUCCGAUGGCUCCCUGAACUUCUCCCUGCCCCCUUCCAUUUUCUCUCACAGAUGUUGCCCUAAUAAAUCUUUUAUAAUUAACACUA